AUGCAGCUGGCUAAGACAAUCGGUGCAAGACGCGGCAUUGAGAUUGUGAAAGCCCUCGACCUCGUCGUAGGAGAACUUGAUGACGUUGGAGACGCAAAUGAUAACUUCUUGGUACUAACGGCCUUUUCCUACUGGGCCUACGUUCGGCACCCACAAAUCACCAUAGAAGAUUUCGUCGGCAAAUCCAAGGUGAAGUCCCACUAG